AUGGCAACCGAUACAAAAAGCGCGAAGUCCCCACCGUUAAAUAAAACAUAUGGGGACUCUACAAUCGUGGUGGACUCCGUUAACGAGGAAUCACAGACUUCUAUCAAUAAUGCGAAUCCCCGACGCUCUUUCCGCUCCUUCAUAUGGGAUACAGAUACCCAUCUCAAGUCGCCCGCUGAACGACGGUUUCUUCUGAAACUCGAUUCCGCAAUUCUCAGUGUAGGUUGUUUGGGGUUUUUUAUGAAGUACCUAGACCAAGGUAAUAUGGCCAACGCGUAUGUGUCAGGAAUGCAAGAGUCGCUUUCCAUGUACGGAAAUGAGUAUACUUAUGCAGGUACUGCGUACACUGUUGCAUAUGCUGUCAUGCAAGUCCCAAGUACUUUGAUCGUCCAGAAAGUGAGACCCAGCAUUUGGCUCCCGACUAUGGAAAUUGGAUGGGCUAUCUUUACAUUUGCUCAAGCGGGGUUGCAGAAUGUCGGUGAAUUGUAUGCUUUCCGGUUCUUGAUUGGUCUCUUCGAAAGUUCGUUUUUUCCUGUUCUGCUUUACGUGCUAGGAAGCUGGUACACGAAAACGGAACUGGCAAAGCGAGUGGCACUCUUUCAUAUGACAGCUCCACUAGGCACGGCAUUUGGUGGAUACCUUCAAGCGGCUGUUUAUAAGAACCUGGAUGGAGCGCAUGGGCUUGCGGGAUGGCGAUGGCUCUAUAUCAUUUGUGGGUGUAUGACUGUUCCUGUUGGGAUUGCCACGUUCUUUCUGCUUCCCGACACUCCAUAUACCACUCGCGUCUGGUAUCUAUCCAAGAGUGAACGUGACCUGGCUGAAGAGAGAGUUUUGAAAGCAGGAAAGGCAAAACCGGUGAAAAUAACCCUCGCGACAUUCAAGAAAAUCUUGAGCUCCUGGAAGUGGUAUGUUUUCGUCAUAGGAUAUGUUCUCUACGGCGAGUCGUGUGGUGGCAGCUCAUACUUCGCUAUCUGGCUGAAGUCUGAGAGAUUUUCUGUGGUUGAUCGUAACCUUAUUCCAACGGGCACUUCUUUGAUUUCCGGGGCUUGUGUUGUAAUUUGGGGGUUCCUCUCAGAUUACACCGGAAGCAGAUUUGCUUGGGUGCUUAUACCUUUGAUACUCACGCUCCUUCCUAAUGGAAUUCUCGCCGUCUGGCCGUCAAGCCUGGCUCUGAAAGAAUUCGCGUUCUUAACUGUCAACAUACACCUUAUGACAGCUGUGUUUUAUUCAUGGGCUAAUGAGGUCUGUGCUGAUGACAACGAGGAACGGGCCGUGGUAAUUAGCAGCAUGAAUGGUUUUCAGUAUGCAGUUGCUGCCUGGCUACCCAUCGUGAUCUUCCCUCAAACUAUGGCACCGACAUUUAGAUAUGGCUUUCCGGCAACAUUCGGCUUGGUUAUUGCAGCGAUUAUCGCCGUUGUUGUGAUUCAGGUGUUUAUUUUGCGAGACAAGCGAAAGGACAGAGAAACCCCGAACACAAUCCAAGUGACAAAUUAA